AUGUUAGGGAGCUUAUUCGGUUGGCUUUCACUCCUUUUUGAGCCACUGGCCUUUCAAGUCCCUCUCAUCCAACCUCAACCAAGACUCAAGGCAGAAAAUGAUAUAACUAUUCCUGCACAGGGGCCCUGGCAAGAAAUCAUCACUGGUCAUUAUGCUGUCCCUCCCGUAUUGAAAAUUCAUGAUCGGAACAGUGUCGUCAAAUGGAGUUGGCAGCGAGAAGAUGUCACUCAACCCUUACCUCCUUUAAUUAAGAGUGGUUUAUAUAGCCAUUUCAACGAUGCGACCGAUAUGAAGUGGAUGCGAGGUGGGAAAAGUGUUGCUGCCGUCUACAGUGCUCUGGUUAUCGUCGUCAACCACACUCCCGAUCAUCCUUCCACCGAUAAAAAAAUCACCUUCGCCCUCAACAGAGCCAAUGAUGUUUUACAUAAUGCCCAUACCAUCGAGCCCUUACCCGGGGAUCGUCUCGCCGUCGGAACCACUGGACAACGACCCUGGGAUGGUAUUUUGGUCUACAAUAUGAGUGAGGCUCUCCCCCUCGUUGAUGAACCUCCGGUAUUACAAAAGAUCGAAGGUCUCCGUGCCAUCCAUGCCAUGAUCUGGGAUGAGCAGGGCCAGAUGCUGUGGGCGACCGGAACCGAUGCCGCCGCCGAUGGCUCAGAUCCCGUUCCCGCAUACGGUGUCAUUCAGGGAUACCCCUUCGAUGCCGAGACGGGUCUACUUAGCGUCGAUGAAGCUUAUCGAUUCCGAUUCCCUGAAUAUUAUGACAUCGACGCUGAAUGGGGAAAUGGAUACAGCUGGUGGGCCGGCCCCCAUGAUCUCGUCCCCGUCCCCAACGAACGAGUAUUCCUCGUUUCCAACGAUAUCGGUCUCCACGCUUUUGAUAUCGAUCAAAUGAAGUUUACCGCUGAAUACGACGAAGUCGUAGAAAAAUAUAUGCCCGGUUUCGAGGUCACCACCAACGAUCGUCACGGGACCAACCGCCAGGGACAAUAUGUGGAGUUGCCGCAAUCCGACCUCAAGGGUUUCAGUCUCGCCCCUGAUGGAAGCUUCAUAUACACUCAGUCAUUAUGGAAGUUAUUCCGAGGGAAUUAUACUAGUCUUGUGGUCGAUGGUGUACGUCACCAGAUCAUGAAAGGGAAUGAAAUCUAUCGGUCGCGAUGGUUCGGAGACAUCGAUGGCUGGCCCAAACCAAAGACAUAG